AUGUUCCUCCGCAGUGCUUGGAUAGCCAGUUCCUUGGUCGUCCAGGCGGCACAAGCUCUGAACAACAACUAUCGAUGGACAGUCGACAGCAUCAUUGUCAACUCAAUAACAAGUUUGGAAGCCGAUACCCUGACCUUAUUUGCAACAGUGACUCAUCUUGGUGGAGAGUUCAUUGCUCGGAAGAGUGUGUUCCUAGGAGACGUGAUGGAUCAAGAUUACCUUACUCAAGACCAGAUCAAUUUUGAUAUUGAGUUCUCAGCCCCGAGUGCGAGCAACAUCAGUAUCAUAUGGUCUCUAGUCAACUCAGCAAACGCGAAUCAUACUUUCACGCAUGACAUACAACAACUCUCUAACGCCACAAUGGCACUUGCUGACAAUUCAGAAGGUAUUCUUGACGAUAUUGGCGGAUUUUCAACCAAAAUCCCAGAGCUUAUGAGUCCAGAAGUGCUCGGAAUUACCGUCGGAGCAUAUUUUGGACCUGUCGGCAUCUUAAUUGGUGCAAUGGUCGGUGCCAUCAUAGAUAAUGCUCUUGGUACAAUCAUCGACGACAUAUUUGGAUGCGACUGCGCCGUUGCCAGUGACACGGUCGUCAUUCUUCCCGGCGACCUCCCUUUAUUACCAAUUCCGUUGACUACCACGUAUCAUCGCUCUGGUAAAGGUAUCGGAUGUCAGGAAUCCUCGUAUACAAUUUCUUCGACAUUGAACAUGGUCCAGGCGAACCAUGACAACGUGGCAACAAGUUUAAAAUCUACAACGAACUGGACAAUCUCACUUCUUGACACUAACGCACCUCUUUAUUGGAACAUUCUGAACGCCGGAGAUACCUUAUACUCGGGAGAAGACAGUCCACAAACAUGGACGCCAGCAGGUCACACAGCCGAAUUAUGGGGCACGCCCUGGUGGGCAACUAUCGAUUCCGGUAACAUCAUUGCCAUAGCAGCAGGGCAGAGGACUGCUUUUGGGACCUACUCCGAUCCGAACAGAGCAUUACCAUCCAAUCUUCAGAACGAUGUGUUCCUAGCCACCGCAUGUGGCCGUUCCCAAUUGUUUCUAUCCGGACUUUGGAACGAUACAUUCCAUCCGACAGCAGAGGCAUAUAUCGUGGAUUACGCAAGAAACAAAACGCUCAAGAUUCCUGAUGCACCCUUUCCAGUAGACAAGUGGGGUGGAGAUGGCCUUGUGUGCACUGAAUCAUGGUCUAAGCAAGUCUUGAAUCGUCAAUCAGGAAGGAGACUAUUUGCUGAUAGAAGUAGACCGAAGGUGUUCCUGUUUCACGCAAACCAGAUGGCGUACUACGAUCUGACAUCGGGCAAAUGGAGCACAGUCACCACCUUGCCGAUGGUCAUAGGCGAUUGGCGUUUCGCUUUUGAUGGUCUCAACACUAUCAUAUUCGGCUCAACCUUGCCUCUGGUGCAGCCGCUCAUUCAAUACGGUGCUGAUUCUCAGGGGCUGAUACAGUCAGUCCUAACUCUCGUACUCGAUGAGAAUGAGCCAUCGAAAGCGCGAUUCGUCUCCCAUCCCGUCACGCCAUUCCUAGGAGUUGAUGGUGGUGCAUACAACUAUUCAAACGGUGAUUCGCCUCCCUACUUGUUUGCUAUCAACAUGGAUCCACAAGCAGCUGCAGACCGGGAGGCCAGGUUUCAGCCUCACGAAGCUCAACUUCACGGAGCUCAACUUCACGGAGCUCAACCUCGCGAAGCUCCAGCACAAGAGCUUAGCCUGGUUUGA